AGCGAAACGAAUGAGGAGACACGAGUGCCUUCGUCAUCGUGCAGAAUUGCAGUACGGAAAUUUUUCCAGUGUGGGGUGUUAAAUUAUGUUGAUUUUAAUGAAGUGAAACAAUAUUAUUGGUGAUGUUGGCCUUAGGCUUAUUUUUAUUUCGUAAAAAAACUCUCAAAGAACACACGUUUAUUGUAGUUAUCCGUCAAAAAUCGAGAAAGCUUCAAACGUGUUUGAAGCUUUCGGUUUCGCAUUAAUGGAACUAUGAACCUGGACUCUUUAACGUUUAGCUUAUCGCAAAUCAAUUAUCUUGUUGUAAAUUUAAGUAAGAAGAACUUUAAGCAGACCAGUCAAGAGUUAACUAAGCUUGUGAACCUAUAUGGCCUGGAAGCUGAAAAUCAAGUACUGAGGUGCCUUCUCGCAGAAGCAGCUAAAACCACUUGGGACACUGACAGGUCGUCGUCAUCCCCGGGCAGUAGUGUUCACGCCUCACUUCUCUCCCAGCAUCUGACUUCGUUGUUGAACCACCCCGGCAAAGCGACCGUAGUCUGUUGCUUGGUUGAUAACCCACCCCGGUCUUUACAAAAGAUAUUAAAGCCAUCGAAUACUUUACUCAACCGGCUUACAAGAUUGCUAAAGUUGACCACUGCCGAGGAUGUUGCCUUUUCAUUGAUUUUGAGGAAGAAUUCAUCAAAACCUGAAAUUGUAUCACUUGCAAAGCAACAUUUGAAAAAGAGAUUUUUAGAACUCGUGCAGUGCUAUCUCGACGCAGAGCGAGGACAUCAAGUAGAACGUGCAGGCCUUCAGGAAUGCAGCCCUGAAGUUUUGCAAAAUCUUCUGACGAGUCUCGCUCACGAAAAUUUUCGUUUGGCAGCUGUGACUAAGGACUUGUUUCUAAAACGAUUACGAAGUGACUUUCCGCGCGAAGUAGUGCCCAUAAUACUCGCGCCACUGCUGUAUCCUGACGAUACACAGACACCCCUCGAGGAGAUGACCACGGCCGACGACAUGACCGCAGCCAUGAUGGACAACUCGUUCGCAGAUAUAAUCCGAGAUAUCGGGUACAGCUUCACCGCAUCCGUCGAGGAAUGCAAAAACAACAUGUUAAACUUCGGUGCUCGAGAGCCCACUGCGAUAGACGUGGCCAGGGUUAUUUCGAUGAUGGUUCGAUAUCACGCCACAGCCGAGGGCCCGCAAAUACAAACACCAGGAAAUUUUUGGAUGGGGCACGAAGCCAAAAAGGACCUAAUUACACAUGGACAUGGGGAGUCUUGGAACGCUGAAGUUUUUGUUCAAACUCUUAAAGAGCUGGCUUCUAACCUAAACUGGAAAGAAGUAAUUCUACAACUCGACCAUCCCGAGUUUAUUGUUCCAGAUAGGCAAGGCCUUAACUUAUUAUUCACUAUCCUAAGAUUGGGGCUUCAGAGUGCAGGAUAUCCUGCAAAUAUUUUUCCUGUUGAAUAUCUUUGUCGUAGGUGGACUAAUCUAGAGGGCCAGCUUAGCUUGAUAAGUAAUAUCCUCAAACAUCCAGAUAUAUUCAGUUUUGCAGACCAUCCAUUUCAUCCAGUGUCAAUUGAUUUAUUAAAAUCACCUCCAGAGACAGAUAACAAAGAAAUAGCGACUUGGCGUUGUUUAUACUUGGUAGAACUGCUAAUGUAUGCCGCUGACCGCGACUAUUACGUCCAAGUGCAUGAGUUAUUCAAGUUUCCUCUGCAGCAUUGUCCUGACAUCCUGCUACUGGCUUUACUGCAAAUAAGUCCACCAAUUACUGUUUUUAGACAAGAGUUAUUGACAACGCUGAUACCGAUUUUCUUGGGUAACCAUCCAAAUUCAGCAAUAAUAUUACACCAUGCUUGGCAUACACAGAACCCUAACAUAAAGCAUAUAAUAAUGCAUGCUAUGGCCGAUUGGUAUAUAAGAGGUGAGAGUGACCAAUCAAAGCUAUCCCGAAUCUUAGAUGUGGCACAAGAUCUUAAAGCCCUGUCUCUUUUAUUGAAUGUGCAAUCGUUUCCAUUCGUUAUUGACUUGGCCUGUUUGGCCUCUCGACGUGAAUAUUUAAAGCUCGACAAAUGGCUGACCGACAAAAUAAGAGACCAUGGAGAGACAUUUGUUUCAGCUAUGGUGAAGUUUUUACAAAGAAGAUGUCCACAGGUUAUUGGGAAAGGACCGGAAGAACAGCUUCCGAAGGCUGCGCAGCUACCGCACGAAACUAUCGCUACUAUGUUAGCUUGCUUGCAGCUCUGUAGUCCCAACGUUCAACCUGACUUACAAGAAGCAAUCUACAAUGUGAUUACUAGUUGUCAGACGCUAAUACUUAGCAAGACGCGUCAAAACAUUGCGGGUAUAGCCCGACCAACUCACACACGGGUAUUGGAAACUCCCUUCAAUCCUGCUGGUCUGGGUGGUCAGUUGUUUACCCCGCAUGUUGAUUCCAUAGCAACUUUGACCCCGACCGUCGCGAGUAUGAACUUAGGUGCUCCGGCAAACUCAGCUUUUGCUAUGCCUGGUAAUCUUGGUCCUCUAGUUACUACUCCGGGAUCUCCUUCUCGACUUAUGGGUGCUGGACCUAAUAGUCCUUUCGCAAUGAUGCCCUUACAGCACAACACGAACGUGGCUAACAUGGGAGCAUUGGCCAGAAUGGGCCAAGCGCCUGCAAUGGACAAACCGCGUAUUCCAGAUCCCAUACAUUUUCCGGAAAUGAUGCAGAAUGUUUCCAAAGAAAUUGAGGAUGAAGCCAAUGGCUAUUUUCAAAGAAUCUACAACCAUCCACCUCAUCCAACGUUGUCCAUAGAUGAAGUACUCGACAUGUUGAAGAAAUUCCAAGAAUCUCCAAACAAAAGAGAACGAGAAGUAUUUUCAUGUAUGCUACGUAACCUCUUUGAAGAGUACAAAUUUUUCCCUCAAUAUCCAGACAAGGAAUUGCACAUUACUGCUCAACUUUUUGGAGGAAUCAUAGAAAAAGGACUAGUACCAAGCUACGUUUCGCUGGGAUUGGCUUUACGAUUUGUGCUUGAAGCUCUAAGGAAGCCAGAGGGAUCCAAAAUGUACUACUUCGGUAUAGCUGCUCUGGACAGAUUUAAAUCUCGUCUUAAAGACUAUCACAAAUAUUGCGAGCAUGUUAGAGCUAUACCUCAUUUUUGCGAGUUCCCUCCACACUUGAUAGAAUACAUCGAGUUCGGAUUGCAAAGCCAAGAGCCACCUACUAAACCACAGGGAGCUGUGCUGCCCACAAGCCUGGCGGCCAUGCUGACUCAGAGUGCGGUGGUCACUGUGUCUGCCCCUUACAGGGCCGUUGUUUGUGCGCCGUCGGCGAUUUCGGGUAUAUCGAAGGUGACUAAUGCCGCUGGUGGCAUGGGCAGCCGACCAUCUAUAGCUAACGCCACAAACAUUGACACUCUUUUGACUGCUACAGACAAGGAAGAAAAAAUAAAUGCACCACCUGAAGCUAUCCAAGACAAAACUGCUUUUAUUUUCAAUAAUCUCAGCCAGCUCAACCUGCAGACGAAGUGUGAAGAGCUCAAAGAAAUCAUCACAGACGAAUACUUCCCAUGGCUUUCGCAGUAUCUGGUCAUGAAGAGAGCGUCGAUAGAACUUAACUUUCACGCUCUGUAUUCAAAUUUCCUUGACGUUCUCAAAAUACGCGACGUGAACAAAAUGGUCACAAAAGAAACUUACCGAAACAUCAAAGUAUUAUUGCGCUCCGACAAAGGUAUCGCAAAUUUCUCUGAUCGUUCGCUGCUGAAGAACCUCGGGCAUUGGCUCGGCAUGUUGACGCUGGCCCGCAACCAGCCCAUUCUUCACGUGGACAUUGACCUCAAAGCACUCCUUCUCGAAGCUUAUCACAAAGGACAGCAGGAGCUUCUGUACGUCGUGCCGUUUGUGGCCAAGGUUUUGGAGUCUUGUGCAAAAAGCGUAGUGUUCAAACCUCCAAAUCCCUGGACAAUGGCUCUAAUGAACGCAUUAGCUGAAUUACAUCAAGAGCCUGAUCUCAAACUAAAUUUGAAGUUCGAAAUAGAAGUGCUUUGCAAAAACUUAAGCCUCGAUAUCGCAGAUCUAAAGCCUUCCAUAUAUCUUAAAGAUUCAGAAAAACUAAGGUUGAUUGAGUUCCAACUUUCUCAACCAAAACCUAACAAGGAAGCAACUAACCCGAUGCCAGUGGCCCAAAACAUAGUUCAGACGGCUCAGAUGCAACUGAUGCCUCCUCAGCCUCCGAUGCUGCCGCAGGAGGACAUGGCCGCCACCGCGCCGACGCCGACCAGCGGCCUGGUGGCUAACGAUCCUAGCAUGAUUGGGGUGCUCGGUUUGCCUGAGCCUCGCUUCAAUUACUUGGAUGUUAAUGUAUCUUCUACUUCUGCAUUUGGACAGAAAAUUUGCUUCAAUCCGCACAUCAUUCUUUUCCAAAACUAUCCGCACUUAAAGCAAUUUGUCAAGCCAGCUAUAGAAAGGUCAAUCCAAGAAUGGAUUCAUCCCGUAGUUGAGCGAUCAAUAAAAUAUGCGCUAACCACUUGUGAGCAAAUCAUCAGGAAAGAUUUCGCGCUUGACCCUGAUGAAGUCCGAAUGCGCACUUGUGCUCAUCACAUGACGAGGAAUCUUACCGCGGGUAUGGCGAUGAUAACGUGCAGGGAACAAAUCAUCAGCACCAUUAGCACCAACUUGAAAGCCGCCUUUGUCACGGCUUUGAUGCCAGCAACACCCCAACAGAAGGAGAUAGUAGAUAGCGCCGCAGCAGUUCUCGCUACCGAAAAUAUGGAAUUGGCUUGCGCUUUCAUUCAAAAGACGGCAGUCGAAAAAGCGCUACCCGAACUGGACAAAAGACUAAUGAACGACUACGACAUGAGAAAAAUCGCUCGCCAGGAAGGCAGACGAUACUACGACCCGAUUGUCUUGACAUAUCAGACGGAGAGGAUCCCUGAACGCGUGCGAUUGCGCGUCGGUGGGCCGACUGACAUGCAAAUCGCCGUUUACGAAGAGUUCGCUUGCAAUAUACCUGGCUUCAUGCCCGUCCGCGACGCCGGCAUGUUCAUCCCCAAACAGCAGCAGGAACAGAUCCCGCAGCUGACUUUCAGCCAGGUCAUGAACCCGACGCAGGUGUACGGCACGGAUGAAAUGAGCACUCUUAUCACGGCUGCCGAGGUCUUCCUAGCGAACUCGAUAGCAGUAGCGUCUCUGGCAGUACAGUCUGCAAAUAUGCACUCGCUACUAGAAUGCCUUAUUUUGGCUAGACGGAAUCGGGACAUUGUAUCCGGAUGUACUUUAUUACAGAAGGGCGUGGAAGGUCUCCUGGACGGGCACAUCGUACAGCCGGGCGCGAGCAGCGACCACGUGGAGAUGAUGACGCGCUACCGCGACGUGCACCUGCGGGUGCUCAAGCUGCUCGAAGACGCGCGCGUCUACGGCCACGUGUGGACCACCAAGCAGAUCACCUGCUGCCUCACCGAGUGCAGGGAGGAACUCAAGUACAACCUAGAAGCAGUCGACUGUCUCAUCAGAAAUAACCUUAUCAACCUACCACAGUACGACAUUGCGUUGGCGCACAUGAUGGACAACGGCAACAACUACUUGGCCGUCGCAUUCUCCAUGCAGCUAGUCCAGCUGUACCUAGUGGACGACAGGAACAAUAUGUACGCGAACGAGUCAGACCUGUACCACACGACGGAGACGCUGGUGCGCAUCAUGUCACACACGCGCCAGCCGCCGCCCGAGGGGCUCGGCAGCCUCAUAGAGAUGAUCCGCGUCAACCAGGACCCGAGCGCCUACCUCGGCGAGCGCUCGCCGCUGGGACCCACCGCGCACAUUCAUGCGGGCAUCUUACAAGUACGGGCACGUGAUUAUGACGAUCCACCGGGCCUACUUGAGAAAACCGAGAAUCUUCUCCGCGAAUGGAGAAACGUUCUUCUUAGCCCCCUGACAGAGAUAGAAAUUGCACAGAAUUUCAAUUUAUAUGUUCACCGAAUGAACAUGAACGGAAUAUUGAAAUCGGACGAUAUGAUAACUCGAUUCUUCCGAAUCGCGACUCAGAUGUGCAUUGAGAACGUGCACCAACAGAUCAGCGACGAGCGAGUCAACCCGCCGCCGUCUCCUCCCAAGCGGGAGAAGUAUUACGCCAUGUGUGAUUCCUUCAUCAAACUUGUGUCAUUGCUCAUCAAGAACACUGCCGACGGAGGCAACCCGACGCCGAAACUAAAUCUGCUAAACAAGAUCCUGGGCAUUAUUGCUGGCUGUUUGCUGCAAGACCACGAUGAGCACGGGACGAACUUCCAGCAGCUGCCAUACCACCGGCUGCUGCUGAUCUUAUUCCUUGACAUGAACAUGGCCGAGCCUGUACUAGAGUCCAUGAACUUCCAGGUUCUUACUGCGUUCUGCCACACGCUGCGCAUCAUCCGGCCGAGCGUCGUCCCCGGCUUCUGCUACGCCUGGCUGGAAAUGGUCGCACACCGCGCGUUCAUCAACCGAGUAUUAGCAGUCACUCCUCAGCAGAAGGGCUGGGGAAUGUAUUCCACGCUUCUGAUCGACCUGUUCAAGUUCCUGGAUCCCUUCCUACGCAACACUGAGCUCGCCGCACCAGUCAUGAUGCUGUACAAGGGAACCCUCAAAGUGCUCCUCGUACUGCUUCACGACUUCCCAGAGUUCCUGUGCGACUACCAUUACGGAUUCUGUGAUGAGAUACCUCCUAACUGCAUACAGAUGAGAAAUCUUAUCCUGUCCGCUUUCCCGAGAAACAUGAGGCUACCCGAUCCGUUCACUCCGAACCUGAAGGUGGAUCUGCUGGCGGAGAUCACGCUGCCGCCCCGCGCGGUCAUUAACUACGCCACCAUGAUUCCCAACUCUCAGUUCAAGAAGGAUUUGGACGCGUACCUAAAAGCGCGGGCACCGGUCACUUUCCUCUCGGAGCUUAGAGGCAACAUGCAGGUGGUGAAUGAGCCAGGUCGCCGUUACAACAGCCAGCUCAUGAACGCCGUGGUGCUGUACGUGGGCACUCAAGCUAUAGCGCACAUCCGCUCCAAGGGGCAGACCCCGAACAUGUCCACCAUCGCGCACUCCGCGCACAUGGACAUUUUCCAGAACUUCACUGUUGACUUCGAUUACGAGGGGAGAUACUUGUUCCUCAACGCAAUCGCAAAUCAACUCCGAUAUCCCAACAGUCACACUCACUACUUCAGUUGCUGUCUUCUGUAUCUGUUCGCCGAGGCAAACUCCGAAGCGGUGCAGGAACAAAUCACUAGAAUGUUGCUUGAGAGGCUCAUAGUCAACCGGCCACACCCAUGGGGCCUGCUCAUCACGUUUAUAGAACUGAUCAAAAACCCAAUUUACAAGUUCUGGUCACACGAAUUUGUCCAUUGCGCCCCAGAGAUAGAAAAGUUAUUCGCAUCUGUAGCGCGUUCGUGCAUUGUUGACAAGACGGGCACCGCAGGCGGCGGGCAGGAUAUAGCCGAGUAGCCCCGCGCCAAUUGGGAGUCGGUCCGACACAAGCAUAUCUUACAAAGCUUGGUCGAGAAAGGCUUCCAGACUGCGGCACCCCAGGGGGCGCAGCCUCUCCCGCAGCCAUCGACUUCUACAGAACCACCCAAACAUUGUAUGCAGUGGAACAAACUCUUCAAGAAAUGAACAAAACAGUAUUCCCACUACAGCUCAUCAAUACCGGACAUAAUUACAACAAAAAGUCAAUCUUCAAAUAAUUUAUUAUAAAUCCACAGUUCGUACUUUCCUAUUGAUGAAUGAUUCAGAAAGUAAGUUAAUAUUGUCACAAUAGUUUUUUUCUUAUUAUUACACUCGACAAAAAAAAUUACCUUUUAUCCGAUCACCAAGCGUGUAUGUGUGUAUACACCUAUACACAGUUUAAAUUGCCCGUCGAAUGAAACAAUUUUCAAAUAACCCGUGGCACAUUUUUUCUGAACCAUUUAUCACUAAUACAACUCCUAACUCUAUUAAUUGGAAUGUGUUUUACUUUCUGGACACUCUUGUUCUCUCAAAUUAAUUACUUCGAUUUAUUAUAUAUACUGCAUCUCUUUGUUACGUGCAAACCUUUAGGUGACAUAGCUUGCACCGACUCCACUUAAUUAAAAACUAUAAAUGAACAAGUCCAUCGCACAUUAAAUAAAUAUCAACAUUCAGUCUUCAACGGCCACCGGAGACGAGCUGUCCAAGCCUUGAUUAAUAAUGCUAUGAAAAAUAAAAUUGAAGAAUGUUCCGGUGUUGUUUUCUAUGUGAGAUUCGCUUUUAUCAACCCCUCAUUUGCCAGCUUUCUCUUAGAUCGGGUUGUUUUACCACACUAUUAUAACAAUGAGGUUACGACCUCUGCAAAUACUCCCGAUGAGCUUUGGCAAAAGAUAAUGAGGUUUGUUUUCAACGAAAAUGAGAUGAUAUUUUAAAAUUGACUGUUAUAUUACGCAACAAAACCAUGUUAAGAGUCCCCGGCAAGCUCAGUUCUCCAUACAAACGUAGUUCCGCUCUCAUUUUAAAACGACUAGCUAGAUUUCUCUGAAUUUUUGUACUUACAAUAGGAUAAGGUAUUUAUUUGUAUUUAUUUAUUUGCAUAAUCAUGUACAUUCCAUUACAGAGAUGGUAUUUGCAAAGUAAGAGGCACUGAUACCCUGGUAGGGCAUAGCAAAAAAUAUCUUACACACUAACAUAAAAUUUACAUAUUAAGAUACAAUAAUAAUUUAUCAAAACAUUCAUAUAAAAUUCAAUGUCUGUAAUUAUAUCUAUGUCUGUAAUUAGUUUAUGUAGCUUCAGAUACCAUAGUUCUUGUUUUUGCUCUAUUUCGUUUGUUUUAUAAACUAGAGCUAUAUAAACUAAUUACAGACACAAAUAUACCUCAUGUCAUUGUAUGUACAAAGUUUCAUUACAAUCGAACACGUAGUUUUAAAAUGAGAGCGGAACUACGUUUGUAUGAGAAGGUGCAAUUCUAUUGUAUUAUGUACAAUUGCCGAUUGCAAAUAAAUAGUGAAACUAAUAGAAUUAGUAAGAGUCCAUACACUAUCUAUAUCGCACAGUAUUUAUGUGUAGAAAUAGCAUUAUCUUAGUAUUUAUGUAUAAUCUGUUGUAUUUCAAUUACAUUGCAAUAUAAUGAAUAUCAUGUCUUAAUUCAUGAACGUAUUUAAUGUCUGUAUAUUUUUUUUAAAUAUGUAGGUUCACAUAACAAUAAUGAGAUAUCCGAUAAAGUAUGUUUUUUAAUCUUAUCAUUAUCACCAAGUAAUCGAAUAUUUCUAAAUUAGUCACAUGUUUAUUCUUUUCGAACGUCUUGGAAUUAUAACAUAAUAAUAUGAUCAAACUACAACAGCGGCUCUCGACCGAGUGACGUAAGAAGUAGUGUUGGUAAAGCAAGAGGUACGGUACGGUACGGAUGCAGGUUGCCGGACGGCGCGCGCGGCGGUGUUGAACGCCGUUGCCGCCGGCGUCGCGGCGGUGUUGAACGCCGUUGCCGCCGUCGUCGACCGCGCCGGCCCAGCAGUGCGCCGUCCGCUCGCGAAGCCUCUUAGUCGGGUCAAUCUAUCGGCUGCUGCAUUAUCCGUUUAGUUUGACCCGAAUUAGAGACUUGUGAUUUAUUGUAUUAUUUAAUUAUUAGACGGUUGUACAUUUACGAUACUGAAUAAGUUUGUCGAGAUAGAAUACGAAAUCGACUGAUUAAAAUAACUAUUAAUCUUGCGUAUGCGGGGGAUGAGUUCUACGCUAACUCGUGUUACGUAUCCUAUUGUGAAUGGGCCGUUUCGAUGACACUAGCGAUAACAAUCGAUUAAUUAAUAAUUUGUAAUAAUAUUAGUAACUUUAAACGAUAUAAAAUUAAGUUUUGAAAUGCAAUGCGUGUUGCAGUUUUUCUAGAUGUGAUUUUUCUAAUCUAAUUUAGGUAUGUUUAGUGUUAAUGUUUAUGCUACAAUUUCGUCAUAAGCGAUGUAAUCCCAUUUUCUAAAAAAAUUGUGUUGUAAUAAAAUAUUUUUUAAUCA